ACACUCUCUCUUGUGAUGCCCCAGCUAUUCUUCUGGUGUGGACAAAUAAGUCAACGCUCAGAUGCCACCGCUAAAACCAGUUCCUCCUGAUGUUCCUUAGAAGGAGGUAACCUCACUCUCAGCUCUGCRCUCUUCAUCUUCACUGAGAAGUUAAGAAGGACUUGAUCUCCUCUCAUAUCAGCAGACAGAUAAAGACCUUCUACCUGAGCAGAAGUCAAGACAAGCAGAACCGAAGGUGUGUCCUUGGACUUUGAGCAGAGAUGGGAGACUGGAGUCUUCUUGGGAAUUUCCUUGAAGAGGUCCAGGAGCACUCCACUUCGGUCGGGAAGGUUUGGCUCACCAUCCUGUUCAUCUUCCGCAUCCUGGUGCUGGGCACGGCGGCGGAGUCCUCUUGGGGCGACGAGCAGAGCGACUUCAUGUGCGACACCCAGCAGCCCGGUUGCACCAACGUCUGCUACGACAGCGCCUUCCCAAUUGCCCACAUCCGCUACUGGGUGUUGCAGAUCGUGUUUGUCUCCACGCCCUCACUCAUCUACAUGGGCCACGCCAUGCACACGGUGCGCAGGGAGGAGAAGAGGAAGAGGAUGGAACAGGAGGAGAGGGAGGCUAGAGGGGACGAUGGAGAAGACCUGCAUAAGGAGAAGGAGUUCCUCCAGCAGAAGGAGACUGCAGCUGAGGGGAYAGGUCGUGUCCGCCUAAAGGGAGCKCUGCUCCACACUUACAUCCUGAGCAUCUUGAUCCGAACAGUGAUGGAGGUCACCUUCAUAGUGGUGCAGUAUCUCAUAUACGGGGUAUUCCUCAAGGCGAUGUACCUCUGCACAACCUGGCCUUGUCCCAACGCCGUGAACUGCUACAUGUCCCGGCCCACAGAGAAGAACAUCUUCAUCGUCUUCAUGCUGGUGGUGUCYGGCGUGUCUCUUUUGCUGUCUGUGUUGGAACUCUACCACCUCGGCUGGAAGAGCAUCAAGAAGUGUGUACGCAACAAGAAGAACAACCACAAAGCCGUGACAGUGGCCGUGUCCACGGGGCUGGAAUCCAACAAACACCAACAACUUUCCGCGUCCUGCACCCCACCCCCGGAUUUCGAUCAAUGCCUGACCGCGCAGAGAUCCAUGAACCCCAUGACCUCCAUCGCCUCCCACCCGUUCAACACCAGGAUGGCACUGCAGCAGAACUCGGCAAACCUGGCGACCGAGCGGCACCACAGUCGUGACAACCUGGAGGACGAGGAGGACUUCCUGAGGAUCAGAUACGAACAGCUGCCUGCAGAGCUUCCCAACGGCUGCUCGCCACUGCCGCUGCUGCAUUCAGGCUUCCUGAAGGACAAACGGCGCCUGAGCAGGACCAGCGGCACCAGCAGCCGGGCGCGGCAAGACGACCUGGCAGUGUAGGUCCAGUAUGGGCCAAAGAGUGAGGAUGGAACUAUCACUUACAAACACAACUCUAACAACUUGCAAAAGUAUUAACUUAAAUUAGACAUUUUUCACAUUUUGCUACAUUACAACCAGAAACUUUUGACAUAUUUCAUGUCAUUUUUUUUUGUGGUGAACUAAAACAAAGUGAUGUGUUAUUGUGAGGGAAAGGAAAAGGAUUYAUGAAAUCUUAAGUGUUGGUGUACAUCUCCACCCACGCCAGCCGUAUGCAUCUGGCAUCUACCAGCUUUACAUAUAGACUAACAUAUUGUUCAUUCACCUUUGCAAAACAUCAAUUGUAUUAGACCGACGGGGUCUGUGAUCUUCAAAUUCAAAUUGUUUGCUAAAUAUCUUAAUCAUAUUAAGAUGUAUGCAAUUCUAACACCUGAAUAGGCUGUAGGUUUAAGGUUUUUGCCCUGCUGGAAGAUGAACUUCUAACUCAGUUUCAAGUUUGUGUUUCUGCCUCUAACAGGUUUCAGGUACCUCCAUCAUUUAGAUACCUUCAUCUACCCAUCAAUUCUUAGCAGUAUAUUUAAUGGCAGCAUCAUCCURACUUUUCCAUAAAGGGCAGUUCAGUGCAGCACUUCAUUAAUWGUCGUCCUCUCCUCAUACUGCGAGCUGGGACUCUGCGGCAUUCUCUCAUGUACCUGAUGAUAUAUUCUACAUAUGAUCUCUGGGUACUAAUUAUGCAAAUUUCCUGGAUUUUAUUUGGGAGUASGGGAGUAAAAUGCUGGUAAAAAAUAAAACAAAUUUUUAAUUGUAAAAGAUUAUGAAUCCUUUUCCUUCRAYGACAUGGCUCUGUGCUUCUUUGUGUUGGUUAAGAUCAUGAAGUYCCUAUAUAACCUGUUGAAGUCUGUGAUGUAGCAAYGUGUGAAAAACAUCCAGGAGUAAUAAUACCACACAGUGAAAGCCUGGSAGUUAUUCCCAAAAGACAAUCCGGUCCUGAUUGGGAACUUUAACAGAGGACAGCUGAUUAAAGGAAUCCUCAUUUGAAGAUAAACUGACAUCUGUGAAAUGACUACAUAAACAUUAUAUACGAAUGCUGUCUGAACAGAUUAGCAGGCGUGUCUCUGUGCUUGAAUAUAAAAAUGGUAAAUAAACUGCAAAAAGAGAUUAACACGAACAGGGUAACAGGGUUUGGUACCUGACCAUUGCACAUGCUUUCCUUUAUUUAAAACUAGUGGAUGGGGGGCAGGAKGCAAAAUUUUAUGUUUGUGAAGGAUGUGGGGKGUGUUUUUUUUWUUUUUUUWWAUUCAAUAAUCAGAUGCAUCUCAGUUAUUUUCUGAAUUACAUUUAUACCUUUGACUUAAAUACAUAAUUUUAACAACUCCUGAAUUGGGUAAUGUAAUUAAUAAAUUGAGAAAGAGUUA